ACGAAUGGAUCAAUUUUUCGUCUCGAUUCUCCUCUUUGCGACGAUCGCCGCCGCAGCCUCCGUUGCGGCCAUCGUGCCGAAAGACAAAAAUGACGAUUCUUUGAUCCGGCAGGUGGUGCAGGAUGAGUCCGCUCUCGGUGGAGAAGGAGGGGAACUGUCGGCGCUCGAUGCGGAGGCCCACUUCUCCGGCUUCAUCAGGAGGUAUAAGAAGACCUACGCCGAUGCCGAGCAGCGGGCCCUCCGGUUCGCUAUCUUCAAGGCCAACCUGCUGCGGGCGAGGAGGCACCAGCUUCUCGACCCCACCGCCGUUCAUGGCGUCACCCAGUUCUCUGAUCUCACUCCUGGAGAGUUUCGACGCGCCUACCUUGGCCUCCGCAGCAGCAGCUCUGAUUUCGCCUCGUCCCCCCACGAGGCGCCGAUUCUUCCGACCAAUGACCUUCCUGAAAAAUUCGACUGGAGAGAUCACGGAGCGGUGACCCCGGUCAAAAAUCAGGGUUCAUGUGGAUCGUGCUGGACCUUUAGCGCUGCCGGGGCACUUGAAGGAGCUAACUUUCUAGCCACUGGGAAAUUGGAGAGCCUCAGCGAGCAGCAGCUUGUUGACUGCGAUCACGAGUGUGAUUCCUCAGAAUCGGGUGCAUGUGACCAAGGUUGCAACGGUGGUCUUAUGACGACCGCAUUUGAGUAUUUGCUAAAAUCUGGCGGCCUCGAGCGCGAAGAAGAUUAUCCUUACACUGGAACUGACCGAGGUACCUGCCAAUUUGAUAAAUCAAAAAUUGCUGCUUCAGUCAGCAACUUCAGCACUGUCUCCAUUGAUGAAGAUCAAAUUGCUGCUAAUCUUGUGAAACAUGGCCCUCUUGCAGUGGGCAUAAAUGCAGUGUUCAUGCAAACCUAUGUUCAUGGUGUUUCAUGCCCUUACAUUUGUGGGAAGCAUUUGAAUCAUGGCGUGCUUCUAGUGGGUUACGGCACUGGUUAUGCUCCGAGUCGCCUCAAGGAGAAGCCCUACUGGAUCAUUAAAAAUUCAUGGGGUGAGAAUUGGGGAGAGAAGGGAUACUACAACAUCUGCAGAGGCAGGAAUUUGUGUGGAGUGGACUCCAUGGUCUCCGCAGUUACUGCCAUCCGCACGCAGCAACAAGACUAACCAUUCCUAUAUAUUAUAUACAUAUAUAUAUAUAUAUACCAUUUGAUGUAUGCCAGCACUCAGCUCCUCUGCAAUUUACAUAAAUAUCAU